UGUUUUCUUUACUCUCCGUUUGUGAUGUGUGGAUUAUUUUUGAAAUUCUGGGUAGUGGCAGUGUCCUCUAUCCUUCUGGACCCAGCGCUGGGCUCGCCUGUGCUGGCACCGGAGCCCAUCCGUUGCGCUCCUUGUACGCCGGAGAAGGUGCUCGAAUGCCCGGCGGUGGCGCCCGGUUGCGAAGAGGUGCUCCCGGAACCGGGCUGCGGAUGCUGCUUCGCCUGCGCUCUGAAGAAAGGGGACUUUUGCGGGAUCUACACGGCGCAUUGUGGAUCUGGCUUACGAUGCACACCGAGACCCGGGGACCCAAGACCCCUUCAUUCUCUCACCCGCGGGCAAGCUGUCUGCACGGAGAUACCCGAAGCUGAGCAAAGCCAGCCCAUGGAUCAGGAUGACACUGACACCGAAGCAAGAAACAGCGCUGCGGCUCCCGAUCAUGGACCAGCCCUGUACCUCCCGGGGCACAAUAAGCCUUUUGAUCCAAGAGCUGCUGCGGACGCCCAGGAGAGUAUGAAAGCCAAGGUCAAUGUCAUUCGAAAGAAACUGACAGAGCAGGGCCCUUGCCACAUCGAACUGCAGAGAGCUUUGGAGAAGAUCGCCAAGUUCCAGCAGAACCCAGGGGACAAGCCCACCAGAUUUUACCUCCCCAACUGCGACAAGCACGGCUUCUACAAAGCCAAGCAGUGUGAGACGUCUUUGGAAGGCCGAAGAGGCCGGUGCUGGUGCGUGUCCUCCUGGAAUGGGAAGAGAAUCCUGGGCUCCAUCGACCCCCUGGCUGAAUCUGACUGCCAGCAGGAGCUUACCCACUGACAGCGCCGAGACCCGCGACCACUGACCCGCACACGCACAUCGUGUUGUCUUUUGAUACCUAUUUAUUUUGAUGUACAUUAUUUGAUUCAGGUACCCUGUCUGCGAUUGUUAACUGUGGUUGUCAACCCCACCCCUUCAGGAAAAAAAAAAUAUCUAUUUUUCUGCAAGGAAAAUGAGGGGAAAAAAAGAAUCUAAGUUUAUUUACGAUAUAGCUUUAUUUAUUUAAACUCUGUGUAUGCAUAUUGGUAUUGAAUAUUUGUAAUUAUUUUAAGAAUAUUUAUAUAAAUAUUAUGCCUUAUUUUUUGUAUCGAUGUAUAUAGCAAAAUAGUGUCAAUCUGCGUUCUAAAUAACUCCAUUACAGGGCUUACCUCAGCCGUCUCUUUCCCACUGUCCCUUUCUCCCACAAACCAGGACAAUGUUGAUGUAGUUCACGAACCGGCAUUUUCAUUCCCCGGGGAUUCCUUAAUCGUAAUUCUUAACCAUUUCGACCAUGUUUUCUCCUUUCUGUUGGAACAAAUGCGCUCACCCCGUGAAUAUGAGGUGCUUUAACCUUUAUAUACUUGUGGCAUUAAAGAGUCGAUGACAUCAGCCAUUUUCGUUACCUUGCGAACGGGUACUGAACCUACCUCUGUCACUUGUGCUCUGUUGACCCCCCAAACCCCCAAGAUGCGUCUGUUUUUACGUCUUAUGUUGCGUGCACGUUGCAGAUCACGCUGAACCUCGGUGGCUGCAAGAUCAAGACCGAGGCUUUCCGCUUUGCCGUAAACGCUGCUGUUGUCCCCGCUGUAUUUUUGUUAGUGUGCUCCGUUACCGAUCGAUUGACGACAGCUGCUAUGAUCUUGUUGUAAAGCAACUGCUCUAUCACUUGUAUGUACACUUUUAUAGUUUUUGACGUAUUGUUUUAUGUAAAUGAAUAUAUAAAUGUGUAUAUAUACAGGUAGCAUAUACAUACGCACGCACACACAUAAUUUAAUAAAUUACUUAUCCUCAA